AUGGUACUAGCUUCUCUACCAACAACAGAGAGUAAUGCUAUAAACGGUGCCAUUGGAAGAAAACUACCCCUUGAAAUCAUUCGUGAGAUUUUCCAAUAUCUACCUGUUCCCACAAAUGAAAUCUUCGGACACGGAGAUGGUGGUACUAAACGAUGGAAACAGACCAAAGAGCUACUGUUUACUAUAGAGCCUAGAGCAUUUGAUCACACGUUUUUCGAUCAGUUCGAAUCGAAUGAGUUUCAUAAAAUCAUUCAAACGGCUCAUCCAACUGCCGAAUCAUUUGUAGAUUGUUACAAUCGUCCUCCUUUCUUCCCCGACAACACAGAAGUCAUCAUCAGAAACGAAGAUCUUUCCCAUUUUUUGACUUUCGGUGUGGCUAAGAAGGUUCGUAUACGGAUAGGAACUCUAGCUUUAGGUUACGAACUGAAAAUAUGUAGAGAAUUUCCCACUGGUUACAGGUUAAGUAAGAUUUGUUUAAGCCUCGAGGGUUAUUUCACAGGUGGAAGAUUUCCUACUUUUGACUCAGUCAGUAUUGAAGAUGACUACAACGGUCUUGAGCUAACAGAAAAUCAUUCCUUACCGAUUCUCCCAUUUCAUACCCAAAUAAAGGAGCUAGAGGUGGAAACCCAUAAUUGGCCAUGUAUAAAGCAUCGUCUUCCACCGGCACUUCAAAAGUUGAAACUUGUAGACAAUGGUUAUGGUGAUGAUCUCAGCGAUAUCGACUUAAAAUCAUCCUCCAUCAAGCUGUUGACCAUUGAUUCUAAAAGACCAAUUACGGUGAUGAAAAUAACACCCCCCGAUUGUUUAGAAGAGCUUUUGAUACUGGGGAUGGUGGGGAAGUUGGAAAUGGACUAUCCAAGCACUUUGAAGUUACUUACGUUACCAGAUAUGGACCGUUUGACUCUACCUGAUACUUUGGAAGAGUUAGAUUUCAUUCCAACAGUUGGGAUAACUUUAUCACAUUUCCAAAACUUAAAAGUUCUUACUGUUGACGCUCAAAUUCUUGAUUCAGGAUUUGUUCUUAAAUCAUUACCUCCAUUCAUUGAGGAGCUUCUAGUGAUUCCUCCAAUACAGAUAGAUGUGGAUUUCACGAAGUUACCUAGACUUUGGAAACUCACCGUUGAUGCCUGUGAAUUGGAUUCUGUGUUUCAGACUUACACAGUAGACGUUCCAUCACUUGACAAUUCCUUGACUUUUAAGUUCUUGGAACAGACUUACAGUAUACCUUUCACCAGUGAAUUGACUUCAUUGUCCUUACUCGAAAUUGUCGAUGAUGCCGAGAUUAUUUGCUACCCCCAAUCGUUGAAAUAUUUAUCCAUUACAGGUUGUGGUAACUCAUUAUUACUGGCUUUCCCUUCUGGAUUAAAAGGUUUGAAAUUACAUUCCAACUAUGGAGCAAAUGGCUUGGAAUUACCACCAGAUCUCGAUGUAUUGCAAACCUCUGAUGAUUACUUAAAUAGCGUUAGAUGUGGUACCAUCAAACAUUUGCUUGCUAACUACACUGACCUAAGUGAGCUCAAAUGUCCUAAGGGUUUACAAACAUUUGUUUAUGUUGGUAACGACACUGGAGUUCCCAUGCAAGAAUUCUGGAAUGACGCUCAGUUAACCCGAUUAUCAUUAGGCAUCGUUAGAGAUCCUAACGGAGACUUAUAUGAGUCCCAAAACAGGAAUUGUCUGAUACGGUUAACCAAGAGGCUACGAUUGUUUGAAGAACAUUGUUCAGAUGACGUACAAUUGGACAUAAAAGAUGAAUCUGAUCGGUCAAUUCUAAGAAAGGUGUAG